UAUCUUUUCUCUUUCAUUUCUCUCUUCUGGCACCCCCACCCACCCUGACAACUUACACCGCGUUCGCAUCCCUCUUCUCCAUUUCCUUAACUCUGACGCCAAACCCUCAAACUCUACCAUUUUUAUCCCUAUAUUUUUCUUCCAUUUUCGCUGAUUCCAAAAUCAAUUCCAACACGACAAUCUCUCUAUUGGAUCAGAACCCAAAAUUACACUGACAAGCAAAAAACAGAGCGAAAUCUCAAUUCAUUGUUUUUUUUGGGUUCUCGAUUUCUGUUAAACCAUGUUGCUAACUCGAACCAAAUCAAAGAUUUGGGUUCACAAUCCCUCUUCCCCAAAUUUCUCCUGCCCUUCUUUCAAAGAUAUUCAAACCCUUUGCUCCGACGAUUCAAUUUCCAGCAACAACUCACCCACUCCGACCAAAAAGCCCAAUAUUUUCCACCGCGUCCGGCGCGUUAACGCCAUCCUCCGUGCUCUCUCAACCCGACCCGUACCCGAAUUGACUCCUAAGGAGACCCAUAAAUCAGAGCCGUUGAUUCAAAUCCCUGGAGCUGAGAAAAAGAUUGUGAUUUACUUCACGAGCCUGAGAGUUAUCCGUUCUACAUUCGACGAUUGUAAAGCCGUGAGAACAAUCUUACGCAGCUUCCGGGUUUCGAUCGACGAACGAGAUGUAUCGAUGGACGCCGGGUUCAUGGAGGAGCUGAGGACAAUAUUGGGGGUACGUGAAAAGACGAAACUGCCCCUGCCGAGGGUUUUCAUCGGCGGGAGGUACAUUGGUGGAGCGGACGAGAUUCGGGAGCUGCAUGAAGCCGGCGAGCUGAAGAAGUACGUCGAAGGGCUGACUCCGGCGGCGGGCUUCGGCGCGUGCCAAGUGUGUGACGGCCAUAGAUUUAUCCUCUGCGACGAGUGCAGUGGGUCCCACAAAUGUUACAGUGAGAAAGGUGGAUUCAGGACUUGCUCGGCUUGUAAUGAGAAUGGUUUGAUCAGGUGCCCUUCUUGUUACUAUGCGCCAUUUUGAACCUUCUGAUUAGAUUAGUAGUUCCUACAACUAUAAAUUUAGGCUUAGUCAGAAAGUAUAAGCUGAAAAUGGAGAUGAAAAUUUUAUUACUUCAUUUUCUUUUUUAAAUUUUCCAUUCAUCUUCUUUUAGUUACUCUUUUUGGUGGGUGGUGCAUUGGGUGUAUUCAUGUGCUAAGAAGGCAUCUUGAUAAAGAUGCAGAAUGUGCCCAGCAAAGUGCUUUUAUAGUUGUAGUUCUUCUUUUUCUUUUUUGGGGUGUUUUCUUUUGACAUAGAAAUGUUACUAAAAUGUAGGAGAGUAACAUGAUACUAGGUAUGAUGUUGCACUUUGAGGAAAUCUUAUAAAUUUGAUUCCACUUUUUUCAAUUUUA